AAAAAAGCUCGUAAAGCUAUUGAUAGCAUAGGCCUUUGACUUGCAUAGUGAGCUAGGGGAGAGAAUGCCGGUUCAGAAGCACAUCAGGGAGCUGUUUGUGGUCCUCCAGGACAUCUUCCUUCACACCCCGCCACAGAGUCCUGAUCACGCUACUCUGAAGCAGGUGAUUCAAGUUAUGAACAACUGUCACCAACAUCACCAGCAUGAGCAAUGCUAGGGUCCAGAGCCUGACAUCACUGUCCUCCCACACCAAGAGUUCCAGCAGCAGUGGAUGUUCUGGAAGAGGCGGCUUGGCAUCAUCUUCUGACGGCUCAUCUAAAGGCAGCAUUAAUUGUGGCAGCAGACACAGUCAAGAAAAUCUGCCAUUGGUGCCAUCAUCAUCACUGCAGACAUUACGAUCCUUUGAUCGUGAAGUGAAAGAACUUGAAGAUAGACUUGUAUUUCCUCAAAAGUGUCUAGUGUUUCAGCUAAGCCAAGAAGAUCGACACAUCAUCUUCCAGGGAGAUGUUUUUCACUGGAGCAGUGGCCAGUGGGCUAAGGUGAUAAUGGUGCUGUUUUCAGACAUUCUUAUGUUGCUGAAGCCAGACAAGGGCGGACAGCUGCAUGUUGUAUCUGAACCCAUUCUGCUGCGAAACAUAUGUAGCAUAGAAACAAGCAGAAAACAUUCUACAGAGAUUCUGUUGCAACAUUACACAAGUCCAAGCAACACCAUUCCAGCUUCACAGAAAAUAAUCUUUCGAGCUCCAACACUAGAAGAUAAGGCAGCAUGGAAAAGUCUUCUGGAACAGAAAGUAUUGAGAGCAAGAGGGGGUCACAUCGAGAACGUGGGAACCAGCGAGACAUUCAGAUCUGGCAUUAUCUGACCAUCAUCCUCUUGACCUCAUGGUGUAUUUUAUUCUCCCAAGCUGCCAAAAUGGUUUGUGCAUGUGGAUUCUGCGAUGUGUGCCAGAGGUGACAGGAAGUGAAAUGUAUUUGAACAUGACUGGUGAAGUCACUACUGAAUUGCUUUCAAGGAUACGUCCUGGGUGCACAUCCUGACACGACAACAAUGUUCAUUUUGGAUUCUCUGCCUGUGACAGAAUUCACCUGCUGUGAAUCAUAUUGGAAGAAUUAGCACUGAGGCUACUUCAUUUCAAGAGCUUCUUGGCAAAAACUUCUGAGGGCUGUGUGUAAUUUAUUUCAUGUUAAUUUCGACAUUAUUUAUGAGGCAUGGAUGUUGAGAUGGACAACUAGCAUGACUAGUCAAAGACCUCGUAAGACUUUUAAUGUCUAUUCCAGCUUCUGCAAAUGCUUAAGAACCUUCUGAUUGGAAAGGAAAAGAGAAGUGUUACAGAACUGCAUCGUGGCUGCUGUUAAGAAUUGACAUCUGCAAAGAAAAGUUUACUGCAACGAGUUAAAACUCUCAUUUAAAAAUUUCAAACUUCCUUAACAGCAGAACACGACAAAGACCACUUCCACUGUGAUUGACAGACUGACUUUAAUUCCACAGCUGUGGUGCAUGGAAUGCAACAUAGCAUCUUGUGUACAUCCACUGUGCAAGCUUCUGGAUACCACUAGGUGGUUUGACACCACUUCAGGAAUCUUAGAGGUGCUAGAAAAGUGAGAUCUAGCACGUGUUGCAACAUAAAGAUAGUGUACUUCUGAUAUAAGGUGCAAAUUAUCACAAAGUAUCUUUCUGCAGAUUGUGGAUCACCUGCUAGGUGAUUAGGCGACUAAAAAGUGCCAAGUCACAAAGAAUGAUAUGUUUUAAUGAAAUUUCAUUUUUCCUGGUACCUUGGAAAAAAUCCCGUGCUUAUAAUCUUUACAUGCACCUGUGUGAUCUGCAGUGAGGCAACACACAGUUGGAUGCUGCUGUAGCAUAUGUUCAGUCAUGUGCUUCAUUCAAAAAGAGCAGUUCCAGUAGAACGUUUCACUACCUGGACAUGCUUUUGGAUAUUCAUCCACCUCAGACGAUGUUACAUGAAGUUCUUUGUAUUUUCCAGAUCAUUACAAUUUGAGAUAAACUGUUUCAAAAGGAAAAGUUUUGAUUUAGGAGCAGUGUUUAUGAUAAUUUUUAUGCUUAACAAAAU